AUGGGCCGAAAAAAGGGAAAGAAGAAAGAUGCUGUUGCCUCGGAUCUUCCGAUUGUCAAUGACACAGCUACUCUGACUAAAGCCCGCGAACUCCAGGAGCAGGAGCUGGAGGUCCUUGAGGCAAUUUUUGACCGUGAUCUCAUCAAUCAUAGCCCUACACCGCUAUACUCACAUAUCUUUACAAUCCGUCUACUCUGUGAGGCAACACCGGGUUCAGCCACGACAGCUGAGGUGUUGCUGCACAUCGACUUUCCAAAAGCCUAUCCACUCAAGCAGCCGCCAAACAUCACAGUGGAAGCCAAGCACGGAUUAUCCGACAUUGAAACAAUAAAUUUACAUAAUAGUAUGUCGGAUUUUGCGCUAGAGAAGGUUGGAGAUGCUGUAGUUUACGACCUCGUGGUCUUCGCGACCGAUUUUAUUCAAGACCAUCUCAAAGACCAAUCAUCGUUUUUUGAUCAGAUGAUGGCACGUCAACAAGAUAUUCAGUUGGAAGAAAAAAUGGCUCAAGAUGCUUUUUUGCAGCGCCAGGAGGAGCAGGCAAUGGCCAAAAAUGAAGAGAUUUUGGCAUUUAUGGAAGCUGAAAGAAAAAAAAGAGAAGCGAUCAAAUCCAGACGAAGACGGAGAAAAAAUCGAUUGAGUAUCAAUGGUGAGUCGUCCGAUAGUGAAAGGGAAAUUCAAGAAAAUGUGGAGAUAUUGCCAGAUUUCAACGAACGACAUACAGAUACGAUCAUGACGAGAACGUCGUCGAGCUGUUCUGUUGCGGAAUCAGAUGUGUCGAUACUGGACGCUGGACUUGCGCCAAAGCAGUAUCGCUCGAGGUAUCAAGGAGAUUUUAAAGAGCUUGGACUUUUGGGCCGUGGGGGAGGUGGUGAGGUAGUAAAAGUGCAAAAUCGAUUAGACCGACAGCUUUAUGCAAUUAAAAAAGUAAAACUUGACCCAGAUGAUAAGACGAUGAAGAAGAAAAUUCUGCGAGAAGUUAAGACAAUUUCACGGAUGCAGCAUCGACAUAUCGUUCGAUAUUUUCAAGCUUGGAUCGAGGGCGAAUAUGGAACGUCAAGUGACGAUGAAAAUGAUAUUUGCCUUGUGGACAGUGAUUCUAGCGAUGACGAUAGCAAGCAAAGCGAUACUUCAAUGAGAGGGGAAAAAAAUGUUUUUCUUGAAACAAGCCUAUCGUCGGAUGAGCUGGGGUCAAUGAUCUCGUCAGAUGAAGAUGACUGGCUAGGCACAUUAGGCCGCAGUGCAGGACUGCUGUCGACGUCAGCUCGCAGUUUUCAUAGCAAUGGUCUCUCGUUUCAGAUUUCUUCUCAUCAGUCUAUGUCUAGCAAGUAUCGAGAUGAUACUGAGUGGGAGGCGCUGGAAGAAGCCCCAGAGAACGACAAGGACAACUCCAGUGAGGCCAAUGGUGAAAUUCUCGCACCUGGAAAAAUGCGCAAGCUCGAAAAAUUGUACAUUCAGAUGGAAUAUUGCAAAGGAAAUGCGCUUCGAGAAGUAAUUGAUAAAGAGGGUCUGUGGAAAAAUCCAGACAAAAUUUGGACACUAUUCCGGCAGAUACUGGAAGCGCUUGUGUAUAUUCAUCGCCAAGGCAUUAUUCAUCGCGAUGUCAAACCACCGAACAUUUUUCUUGACUCGGAAGGUAUUGUCAAGUUGGGGGACUUUGGUCUUGCUGUUCGACCCCCCAAAAUAAUGGAAGAUGAAAAUCGCAACAGCGAAUUAAACUCUUCGGGAGAAAAUGCAACAAAGGAUAUUAUGUCCGAGUCAGAUGGCUCUUCAGCUGCUGAGCUAUAUAGGCGGUUAAAGGUGGAGCAUUUGGAAAGCACUCAAGUGGGCAAACCAAUUGGACAGACUGCCAAUCUCAUGACGACAAUGUCGGCUGGUGUGGACGGAAAUAUUACUGCGGGCGUUGGGACAGCUUUUUACCGAGCACCAGAACAGGAACGAGAAGGUCAGCGAUACAACCAGAAGGUGGACUUGUAUUCGUUAGGAAUUCUGUUUUUUGAAAUGUGGUCGCCACCAUUUACAACACUAAUGGAACGCGCACUAGCGCUUACUGCCUUGAGGGAGCUGGAGCUUCCAGAAACUUUUCGAGCUCCCGACGAUGUCAAAAAGAUCAUUUUGUGGCUUUGUGACCGUGAUCCUUCCAAACGGCCAGAUGCAAAGGAGCUGUUGGCAAGUUCCUUGCUGCCCGCAAAGAUAGAAGUGGAAGGAUCGUAUCUUCGCGAGGCGCUAGACACUCUUGCCAACCCGCAGGGGAAGUUUUUCGGGCAAUUGAUUGGUGCGCUAAUUUCCCAGGAGCCUCUUGUCCACGAUGAUUACACGUACGAUCACCUUGAAUCAGUCAAGAUGCGAAACUAUGAAGUGCAGUUGCGCACAAAAACCUAUGUCUGCAGUGUGCUGCAAAAUAUAUUUCAGUGUCAUGGAGCUGUGGAAAUGUCAACACCACUGCUGAUGCCCCGUCUAUCGGCUCAGACGUUUCACGGUGUCAGCUUUAGCGCUUCACCGAGCGCAUCAGUGGUCCUAGAUAGUAAUGGAGUGGCAGUUGCGUUACCCUUUGAUCUGACCGAGAGACUUGCUCGCUUUGUUGCCCGGCACAACGUGUCACGACUGAAGAGCUACCAAUUUGACCGAGUAUUUCGGAAAAGCAUCGGUGGUGGCCACCCCCGUGAAUUUACCGAGUCGGAUUUUGACAUAAUCUUGAAUGAGAAAAGCCAUUCUCCUGUUCUGGAGCUUGAAGGACUUGAAGUCGUGUCAAGCGUAAUCAAAGCUUUGCCAAGCUCGCUUGGUUCAUAUUAUCUACGUUUUAAUGACGCUCGCAUAACGCGCGGUAUUCUUGAUCUUUGCCGCGUUCCCGGCAGUGCGCGUCGCGAGGUAUUGCAUCUCCUAUCCAACGAAAUAUCGUAUAAUGUACACGCUGGUCCGCCAUCCAAACUAGCCCCAAGCUUAAAAUCGAGUCAUUAUAAAUUUUGUGCAAAGAGAUUGAAGCAUUUUGGUGCGUCAGCAAGCGUUAUUGACGCAUUAAAACCGUUCUUUAUGUUACCAGAGGAUUGUGCCACGUCGCUUGAUACGAUCCAACUGGAAGUGCAGAACCUAUUUGCAAAGGAUCGAGAUCGUUUUGACUCGACCACAAAUAUUGAUGGUGAUCCUGGUGCUUUCUCUUCUGUCGACCAGAAGCAGGUUCAAAAGCGAGAUUUACAAUUACGACGUAUGAUUAAGGACGUUGGUGAAGGCCUGAAGUCUUUACGCUCUAUACUACAGAGUAUGCACUUCCUUCAGAUGUCUGGACCGGUGUGCAUACGGCUAGACUUGGGGUUGAGUCCGCGUCCUGAGCGAUAUACAUCUGGAUUCAUAUUCCAGGCGAUUUUGCUAGAUGAAUCGUUGUGCGGUGAGCAGAGCGGUGAUCAAACAGAUUCACUGAUAGUAGCGGCAAAAGAUAACCAGAAUAUCAUCGCAGAGGGUGGACGCUAUGACGCUUUGGUCUCUCGCUUUCAGCUUACGACUGCUUACGUCAAAGGCUCGGCAGUAGCUGCAAUGGGUGUGCGCUUUGCCGUUGACAAGAUUGUAUCUAUACUCGUUGUACCCAUGCGUCUCGCCUUGCUUGAUACCAAAUUUUCGGCAUCAGACGUGCUCACAGGUGGUCGCAAGGUCCUAGUCUGCUCAACAGGCGAUGCAUCCGAUACGAUUAUGUUUCGAUUGCACAUCGCGAGACUGUUGUGGGGUCAUGGCAUUGGCGUAGAGUAUCUCCAUCCCGAAUUGGUGCAUAUAGAAGACUUGGAAGACUACUGCGCACAGCAAAAUAUGCUCUGGAUGAUCAUUGUUCACAAGCACUUGAUACAAGAGAAGCAACAGGUGAAGAUUCGUGCGGUGAAAAGCCAUUCAGAGGCUGACGUGAUCAUGAAUGUGGUUGCGCUUCCGGAAUACAUCAGCGAGUUGCUUGUUAAUGUGAACAGAAGCUAUCAUGGCGAGUCAACAACUGGAGUUGGACGUAAUCACUUUGGAGACGGCAACAAUUGCAACAAUAGUAGUGGAAAAUGUGUAUCGACAGGUAACACGUUGCAGCCAUUCUUUGAUGUAAAGGUGGUUGAUGCAAAGUACCAGUCGAGGGAUCGAAAUUACCGUAACUAUCAACUUGACACACAAAAGGUCCAGCGCCGUGUAUCCAAGUGGAUCUCUUCUAGCUUUUCAUCGCGCGGGGAUGAAGCCAUGAAGGUGCUUUCUAUUGAUUUGCCAUUUGCUUUGCAACCCAAGGUUUCGAAAGCAGCUGAAGUAUACGAUGGAAGAGCUCAUAUCUCUCAUUCCAGAGUCAAAUUCACGCGGCGUCGGGCGUGA